GUCCAGACUGGCUGAUUUCCUCAAUAACUGCCAGCCGUCUCCUCUGACGGCCAGCGGCUGUCUCAAAGACUCAGCGGGACUGUGCCUCCGAGCCUACGCCGGACUCAUCGGCACCAUCAUGACUCCCAACUACCUCAGCAACAGCUCUGCAGACGUGUCUCUGUGGUGUAACUGUGAGGGCAGCGGCAACCAGUGGCAGGACUGUCUGAGGCUGCAGCGCAUGUUCACACACAACCCCUGCCUGCGUAACUCUAUCAGUUGGAUGGGGAGCCCGGGCUCCCUGCCGGCAGACUUCACCCCCCUUCCCGCUCCCCGGCCCUCCCCACUGGUUCAGGAGGAUGAGCUGCUGAGCAACAACCACCUGCCCGAACACAACAACAUCGUGA